AUGCUUCCAGAAACUCAGUACGAAAGCCGACCUGACAAUGGGGUGGUCUUCGCCGGCAACUGUUCACGCGAGUGGAUGAAGCCGGACGAGGAUCUUGUGCAGAGGGUGAAGAAGGCGGUGAAGAUGGAAGAGGAUCCGAAGUGGUAUUAUCUUGCUCAGUAG